CUGAGGCGGCGCCUGUUGGAGGAAGUUUACGCGCCGAGCAGAGACAACCCCUCCCUGCGGCGAAGCGGGCAGCCUGGCUGAACUGAUCAGCUCCUCCCGGCCGGCCGCCUUCUCUGCAGCGCCAUGGGCGCCUCCGCCUCCAGCCUGCUGGACGAGAGCAAAUGCAGCUACAUCCGAGGGAAAACAGAGGCUGUAAUCAAAAACUUCAGCCCACACUACCAACGCCAGUAUGCUGUUGCUUUCUGUGAGCAUGUACAAAAUGAACUGGAACAGCAUCGAGACUUUCAGUCUCAGUUCCUGAAAACCAAGCCCCCUAUGGAAUCUGGAAUGAUCUUGUAUGAAGCAGAACUGUUGCAUUUUGCUGAAGAUCUGAAGAAAUGGAAGGAGAGAUAUAUUGUGAUCAAAAACGACUUUGCAAUGGAGAUCUUUGAGAGCAAAGAGGCUUACCAAAAGGGAGUCAACCCUAAAUAUCGUAUUCUUCCAACAGGAGGCAAAGUACUGACCUCAGAAGAAGAUUACAAUUUGCUGUCUGAUAAGCAUUUCCCAGACCCAGUUGCUUCUAAUGAGAAGGAAAACACUCAAGCAUUUAUUCCCCUACCAAAAGAGUUUCCAGUUUACCUGUGGCAGCCCUACCUCAGACAUAGCUACUACUGUUUUGAGGAUCCACAAGCUCAAAAAGAGUUUAGUGCAGUGCUGAAUGACUGUGUCAGACACUUAAACCAUGAUUUUCUCAAGCAGACUACAUCUGAAGCACGGACAUUUUUAGAAGCUGUCCAGUUCUUCCGUCAGGAGAAAGGCCACUAUGGGUCUUGGGACAUGAUCACUGGCAAUGAAAUUCAGAUCUUGAGCAACCUUGUGAUGGAGGAGCUCCUGCCUAACCUUCAGACCAUGAUCCUGCCUAAAAUGAAAGGAAAGAGGAAUGAUAGGAAGAGGACUUGGUUUGCAAUUGUAGAAGAAACAUACAAUCUGGUUCAGGAGCAGGUUUCAGAAGGAUUAAAUACCUUGAAGGAAGAAUGUAAAGCCCUUACAAAGAACCUAGAAGGAACCAUUCGUUCAGACAUGGAUCAGAUUUUGAGCUCAAAGAAUUAUUUAGCUGGAAAAAUCAAAGCAACAGUCUCUGAGCCUGCUGAGAAGUGCUGCAUGGAGAAUAUCCAGCCAUUUUUGCCUUCCGUAUUGGAAGAGCUCAUGGGCCCAGUGAGUUCUGGAUUCAGUGAAGUCCGUUUGCUCUUUGAAAAAGAAGUUAAUGAGAUCAGCCAGAACUUCCAGAAGACAAAUGAUGCCACAAAGCUGAAAGAACAUUUGGACCAGCUGAUGAAUCUGCCUUUCAACUCUGUGAAAAUGGAACCCUGCUAUCUCAAAGUCAAUCUCCUCCAGGAACAACUCCAGGACCUCAAGACCCGCUUCAAAUUCUAUCAUAUUGAUUUUGUGAUUCAGAAGACUCAGAACUUCAUGCAAGAGCUUAUGGAAAAUGCAGUGUAUACUUUUGAACAACUUCUCUCUCUGAGCAGCCAAGGAGAUAUAGUGAAAAUGCCAGCUGCCAUUGAAAAAGUCAAACUGCGAGUACUAAAGCAAUAUGAUUAUGACAGCAGCACUAUACGGAAGAAAAUAUUUCAGGAAGCAUUGGUACAGAUCACAUUGCCCACAAUGCAGAAGACGUUGGCUUCAGCUUGCAAACCAGAGUUGCAGAAAUAUGAACAGUACGUCUUUGCUGAUUACACCAGAGUGGUACAAGUAGAGAAUGUUUAUGAAGCCAUUUUAUUUCAGACAUUGCUUGAUGAAACUCUAAAAGUAAUAAAAGAAGCUGCCAUUCUGAAGAAACACAACCUCUUUGAGGACAACGCAAACUUGCCAUGCGAAAGUGUGUCCAGUUUAACUGACUUGAAGACGCCUUCAGGAUCAGCACACGCCAGUCCUGCUAAGACACUGUCCAUCACGUUAACAGAAACAUCAAAUACCGAAAUUCAAAGUAAUGAACUGCUUGUUGUGUCAGAAAAAAUAACCCAGGAGACAUGUCAUGAUGCUAGAAAGCCAUCAGACAAUGAAGAAGUAGUGUCUGUCAAUGUAUCUAGCAGUCUUACACUUAGCAGUAAGAAAGUGAUCAUUACAGACAUCCCUGACAAACUGGAGUCUUGUCCUUUUACUCUUAAGGAAGAAAAGCCUGCGGAAAUGAAAACUUCCCAGAAUGAAAGUGUAGUGGAGACAGGGUUUAGAGAGAACACAAGCAACGGAAGUAAGAUACAAGAAGAGGCUGUGGAGGAAAAGACAACUUCCCAGAAUGAAAAUGUGGUGGAGUCAGAGUUUGGAGGGAACACUGAAAAAGAAAAUAAGGUACAAGAAGAGGAGAGACAUCUUACAGCCCCUGACACUGUGAAUGAGAUCAGAAGCUUGCUGACGGUGACAGUUGAAUUACCAGCAGUUGCUCCAUCUGAGAACAAAAAGGAAGUGGUAAAUGAAUGUGAAAUUUUGAAGUGGCAGGAACAUAGGGAAGAGAGUGAUGAAAGCAGCAGAACUAAUGCAGAAACAGGCCAAAAAGACCAGGUAAUGAAUAAAGAAGUGGAACAUUCUGAGCUCAGAAUGGAGCAGCCAUCCCCAUCCAGUUUUGGUACAGAUGAUACGAAUGUAAUGAUCAUUUCAGAAGGAGGCAACCAUGUAACUCAAGCAGAAUGUUUGGAGAUACCUGAAAAAGGGGAUGUGCCUCAAGAGGCAAAGGCAGAAAUGGAGACCAACCAAAGUGUCUGGUAUACUGUUCUGGAAAGCUGUGAAGCUAUUAAUGACGAAUCGCAACCAGAAGUACCCACUGAAAGCAUAGUUGGAGAGAGAAGAUCUGAUCUGGAGGAAGCAGGUGAUGGUCACAUUCAUGCUGUCCCAGUGGAAACAGAUGCUGAGAGCUUUCUUGGGUGUUCUCCUGAAAGUCCUGAUGCAACAGAAGUACCCAUUUUGAGUACUGAAAAUGUAAGAAUAGAAACGACUGAUGAUUUUCAGGUUUCACUAGUGCUAGAGGAAGAUAAGCUUAGCCCAGCUGAGGUUACAGUGGAUAUUAAAUCUGAAAGCUUUACCGUUACUGCAAGUGAAGAGUGUCAGCCUGCAGGUGCAUCUUCUCAAAGUGCUGAAAUCACAAGCUCAGUAGGAAGUGAAACUAUCACACCAGAAAACAGUGAGGAGAGUUGUACAGUGCAACCCUCUGAAGAGUAAAAAAGUAUUGGUCAGAAAUAUACACACCAAUCCUGCAGCUCUUUCUCAAUCCGGCAGUCCUCUUGAAAUCAGGAAUAUUCACAUGGGGAAAAGGCUGCAAGAAUGAGCCCAUCUGCAGCAGCAUUGCCAACCCUUGCAUUUUCAUCAUUAAAUUUAGAGUACUUGGAGGGUUUUGUUACAGGCCCAGCUGCUGGAUUCUCAACUUUCAUUUUUAAAAAUGUCAAUUUCCAGCCCUCAUUGUGGAAAAAGCUUAAUGACAUGACCCCCCAAAUGCUUGAACACCUCAAUGCACAUGAAAAGAACCAAAAUAUAUUAUUUUUAUAUCUCACUGAUUUUAAGACAACCUUAUGAUUUUGGGGGACUGACUCAUAUUUUUUUAAAUGCUUGAAAUUGGCAAUAUUACAACAGUUCUUAGCUUAAAUUACUCAAUCAAAAUGUUUUUAGGAUCUGCAUAGAGUGUUUUAUACGGAAAACAUUUCAGUCUCUCAAGUAGUGUCGUUACUAAUUAGUAGGUUGUUCAGCAGCCACCUUGCAUGUCAGCUUUGAGCUUUGUGAGCUGAUUAAAAUAAUUAAGUAAUCAAAGUGUUGACAGAUAUUAAGACAAUGAAGUGUUCUGAUUUUUCUGCAAUAUUUAAUACUGGGAAAACACUGGGAGCAGGUUUCUCAAUCCCACUCUGCACUUCUAGGUUACAUAGCCUUUCAGAGCACUUUACAGCUAUUUCCUUCUUUUUUAAUCUUUACAAUAAAACCAGCUAGCCUAAUUAUGCAGCACCAAUCUGCCGCACUUGCUAGCGUACAUUCACCCACAAUCCAAAAUACAAGAGUUCUGUACUGUAGUCCUGCAACAAACACUCCCACUGACUUCAGUAAGAGUUACACGCAUGAAAAAUGUUGCAGGAAUGGAUAAGACUAUUUCACCAAAUCUCCAAAACAUGGGAAAUCAGAAUGAAGUAUGUAUGUAUGAAGCAUCAGAAUAAAAUGUCUCAUACCAUAAUCAUACCAUUUACUCUCCAAUUUUCUGAUGCAAUGGAAGGGAAAGUAGCUAAAGAACAAGUUGGUUGUCUUAGGUUUUGUAAGAAAAACUGAUCAUAUUUCAAAAGUAACUUCAGUUGGGAAUACUUUAUCAUGUACAAGAUUAAUACCACCACACCAAAUUGUGGUCCAUAUACAAACUGCAUGUAUAUUUUGCACGUACAGAUUAGAGAUUUUGGUCACAGAAAUUCUUAGAAGUGAAAAAUGGAGUUUUAGGAAAUUGAACAUUGAACUGUAUCUGCAAUGUUAGAGGUUGGUUUGAGACACCUUAAACGUUUGGCCCAGGGAAUAAGUACAAUUCAGUAUAAAUAAGGGUUGCAAACUAGGACCCAUAAAGAAUAAUAUUGGAAAGUAAUGUCCUUUUCAAGUGUUAACAAAGAUCUGACAGCAUAACCUCAGUCUUGUUUAACUAUAGGAAAUUUUGUAAGGACCACAGUGAGAGACAAUCCAAGUAUUAUACAGCACUACCAGGGAAGAUACACUAUCUGAACAGACAAUCUUAUGUUCAGAUAUGCCAUGUUAUUGGUUAACUUGAUCAAGCAGAAGCUUCAUAUAUCAUAAUUGUAGGAAUAUAGUCAAAAACAUUUUUUUGUGGGACUGGUCAUGAAUUUGUUUUUGAUACAGAAAUAUUCAUAUUAGAGUCUCACACAACCAAUUGCCAACUAACAGUCUUAUGGAUAAUUCCAGAUUUCAUAUUAGUACUAAAAAUUAAGGAGUGAUUUCUACCAUGCAUGAAAAUUAAUCAGAGCAUGUCUCCUGUAACCAUCUCUUUGGUGGUAGGAUAUAUUUCCAGUAUGGAAUUCUGUGUGGCUGAAGAAUAGCAGGAUAACAACAACUAUAGCCUACAUACAGGACUGCAUUUUACCACUAAAGCUAUUUAGAAAUGAAAUUAUUUUGAGGUACUUUCUACAUGUGCAGAAAAAAAAA